AUGGAAAAGAAAUCGUCAACACCAGCCCGAAAAAGAGGUGUAGGAUGGGACGAAGCGAAUAUGGAGGCUGCCAUUCUGGCUGUAGGGAUUUAUCCUUUUAACCCCGAUGCCAUUUCCGCAACGGCGUUCGCUCCAUCUAUCCUGACGCAACGUUUACUGCCCGACACCAAUAGGCAAGAAGACGUCGACCAGCAACCCUCAACGUCCAAGGGUGUCGGAAAAUAUUUAUUUGCAAGACAAAAAGAAAAUGCCACCUCACACAUAGUGGAUUCAUCUGAUUCUGAAGAUGACUUGCCACUUCAAGAGUUACAAAAACGGAUUCACUAUCGUUCUAGAACGUCUUUCCAAAAACUUCUGGCGACACCAGAUAUGAAGCAAGCGGUUACUGUUAAACUACCACGGAAAAAAGUAAUGAACUACAAAGCACAGACAAUUACUAAGGACUUGUUCCAGCAAAAUCCAUCGAGCUCAAGGAUUGUUCCAGAUCAAGUUGCAGAUUGGUAUUGUCCAGCUUGGAAAGAAAAUCGUUUAUCAGACAUGAGACAGUGCAUGAAAUGCCAAGUCUGGGCUGUAGGGAUUUAUCCUUUUAACCCCGAUGCCAUUUCCGCAACGGCGUUCGCUCCAUCUAUCCUGACGCAACGUUUACUGCCCGACACCAAUAGGCAAGAAGACGUCGACCAGCAACCCUCAACGUCCAAGGGUGUCGGAAAAUAUUUAUUUGCAAGACAAAAAGAAAAUGCCACCUCACACAUAGUGGAUUCAUCUGAUUCUGAAGAUGACUUGCCACUUCAAGAGUUACAAAAACGGAUUCACUAUCGUUCUAGAACGUCUUUCCAAAAACUUCUGGCGACACCAGAUAUGAAGCAAGCGGUUACUGUUAAACUACCACGGAAAAAAGUAAUGAACUACAAAGCACAGACAAUUACUAAGGACUUGUUCCAGCAAAAUCCAUCGAGCUCAAGGAUUGUUCCAGAUCAAGUUGCAGAUUGGUAUUGUCCAGCUUGCAAAGAAAAUCGUUUAUCAGACAUGAGACAGUGCAUGAAAUGCCAAGUCUGGUACAAUGAGGAGUGUGUUGGUCUGACAGAAAUCGGUUUAAUUUUUGAAUGGCCCGAGUGUUAG